AUGACGCAUGCGAGAGGAGACAUGAAGACAUCUAAUCGCGUCGCGAAAGCCAAGUCGAUCGAUCAUCUCUUACAGGACAGAGACGUGCCGCAAGAACUCCGAUCCGUCAAGAUGUACUCGGAGAAAUAUGUCAAGGAGCUCCCUGCGGUCCGCCCUGUCAAGGAGCUCCCUGCGGUCCGCCCUGUCCAGGAUAGGCUCUCGUAG